UUACAAGUCACUUCACAGUCAUGAUGCGAGGUAGCUCGUCAUCCCCCAGGGAGAAUAUUCGCUAAACACCGGACUUUUGAUAGCAUUUCUACAAGCUUCAGAAAUGAUCCGAAUCAACAACACCCAAUAUUUCCACUUCCUGCAGCAGGCCGAUGCUUUACGUCGCUCAGGAUCGCUCUGCGAUGCCAUCAUCUCAGUAAAGAGUCAUACAUUCAGGGCUCAUCGGCUAGUACUGGCCUGUGCUAGUAGACGACUGGCACAGCAGCUAGCCCAAGGUGACAUAGACUGCCCAGCCCGCUGCACACUGGAGUACUUCUCACCGCGCACCUUCCAGCAGGUCCUUGACUUCACCUACAUGCAGGCUCUUGAGGUGUCUGUGGAAGAUCUGAACCUGCUCCUGAGAGCUGCCCAGCUGUUGGAGAUGGAGUCGCUAGAAGACCAGUGCCGGAAACAGCUGGAUACCCUCGACUCCAGAGCCAGCAACGAGGACAAAAGAGGAGAAAUGACAGAUGUCAAAGAAGAAAAAGAAAGUGCAAAAGAGAUGGAUCAAAAGAAAAAAGAAAGUCCAGUUCAAGAGGGGAAACUUCAAGAGGCUUCCUCGACAGGUGAGGAAGCAAGCAACAGCGUCGUGAUAGAAAAUCUUUCACAUCCUGAUUCUGCUAAGAACCACAACAGCUCGUCAUCCCCAAGAAAGAAGCCCAGACUGUCCCCUAUGUCAUCAAAACCCUACAACAGAGACAGUGUUAUUGCAGGACCUGCCACCAGCAGUUCCUCUUUCUCCUCUCCCUGGACUUUCUCCACAAACAUGUGGAACUCUGUGACCACCCUGAGGCGGAUAGCAGAAAACUAUUCAAACUUAAUUGCAGCACAUCCUCGUCAGUCCCCAAAUCAGUCCUCUGUAGCAUACCCAUUCUCCCUCUCCAGUCCACCCCACAUCUUCCCCUUACUGGGCCACCAUUUUCAAAACCCAGUUCACAACUCUGUAAUGGGCUACUCGAGCUUUUAUCCACAUUAUACACAAAACCUUUACGCUGGAUCUUCAGGGAUGGGAACCAUUAUCAAGCAAGGCCUGUUAAAAAGAAAAAAACCCAGCCAGAGAGCAUUUACCGAGGCUGCUCAAAGCGUUGAGCAAAGUUACCCUCAAGUGCCCAAAGCCAGCACAGAGAAAGUUAAAGACUGCCAACACUGCAAAACAAGCCUCCUUGGUGAUCCAGUGCUGCGGGAGUCAGCCUCCACACCAUCAGGUGAGGCCUGCACAGGGUGUCAAUUCUGUGAAGGAAGAGAUGUCGUGCAGCAUGAACCACAAUCCAAUCGACCAGACCACAGAGGGGACAAGCCCUACCAGUGCCAACACUGCCCCAAAAGGUUCAGUCUGAAGCAUCAACUGGAUACACACCACCGAGUUCACACCGGGGAGAAACCCUUCGAGUGUCGUCUCUGCGGUCAACGCUCACGGGACUACUCAGCCAUGAUCAAGCACCUGCGGACUCACGGUGGGGCUUCACCCUACCAGUGUACGUUGUGCCUGGAGUUCUGCAGCAGCCUGGUCACCAUGCAGAGACACAUCAAGAGCCACGCAGUGCAGGAAUUCCCUCCUGACUGGAGCAUCAACAACACCUACCUGUACACCUCCCAUGUCUGAGCCACACCUCACAACCCAGACACCUCCAUCUAUACAAAGUUCUCAUAGGUGUAGCUUUAGUUUGUGCCUUUCGUGUAUUAUCAUUACAUCUGAGUCACAGAGCUAAGUGUCUGUUUUCCGAUUGAUAAAGUCCUAAUGGGGUUUGAAAAACUGUUAGGGUCUCUUAACAACACUUUGAAGUCAUUAUAAGAGGCACAAACUGAGACUAUCACAGCUGUAGCAAUAACUUCCAAGCAAACUGGGGCUGUUCUCAUAUUCACAUUCACAACAAUAGAACAGAGAAAUGCAGCACUAAUUUCCAGAGACAUGUCAGAACAUGUAUUCAAAGUCUUUACCAUUUCACAUUAGGUCAUGUACGUGCAUUAAAGUCACAUCAACAGCUCAUCCUCACUGAAUGACGCAGGCAUCUUCCCUCUUAGUUUCAUAAUUAUUGGAUCGGUUGUGUAAACUUUGUAAAUUUGAACCAGGAUUAUAGCGCCCUCAAGAGGGCGACCACUGUUGUUCUCAAUCCAUUUGUUCUCUGUACUAAUGCUCAAACAGCGACACUAGUGGGUGAGAUAUCAUAUUUGCAGCUGGACAAAGGAGAUUUUUUUUUUUUAAUUACUGAAACAUAUAAACAGUCUACAUCCAAUGAUCCAGAUUUAGUCAGAAAAAAAUCCUAUAUCCAUUCUCACUAUGAUGUAUUCCUUACAAAAUUAAAAUUCUAAUGUAUCCAGUUGAUUCUUUAAAAUAGUGACUUUGUUCUAGUCAGUAGUUAUUUUACUGUCAGAGAAAAUAAAAGUGUAGAAGGAGAGUAAAAGUUCAUCUGCAUCAGGCCUUGAGCCUUGACAGUGAUGAUGAGACAAAAGUCAGUGAAGUUCCACAUAUGGAAACAUUUAUAAGUUUAACAAAGACUGUAUUUAUGUAACACUGGCAAUAAGGAAUGUUAUGGGAGACUAAACUUGUCAGUGGACAGCUCAUAAGUCUUCUGAGGUUGAUUUGAUGAGAUGACAAUAACAGAGCUUUUGCAACUAUGUAGUGUGACAAACAAUAUUCCAGUGUUUUCUUAUUUCUUAGUCUUUCAUUAGUGAAUUUUCUGCAUUGUCAUUCACAGACUCCCUUUAACUUUAAAGGCAUGGAUAUACCGUAGUAACUGCAUCUCUAAAGUAAAUCUCAAAAGUGGUAUUUAGCAACUGCCAUACCUCUCUUCCAUACUGUGAAGCUAGCCCUGCAUGUAUGUAUGUAUUCAGUAUGUAACCAUGCACAUUGCUUCCUUCCAUUGAGGGAGUGUUCAGUGGAACUUUCAGGCCUGUUUCCACUGAAGACUAUUUGUUCAUCUGUACAGCAUUAUCUUAAUGUGUAUGGUGUAGAAAUUAAAUAAAUAAUAUUUAAAUAAACUUUUAUUCAUAGGUUUUAAUGAAUCAAUAUGCAAUGUUUUAGACUAGUAAUGCAGCAA